AUGGAAUACGCCCGACUUGGCAACUCAGGCUUGAAAGUUUCGAAAGUCAUCCUCGGAUGCAUGGGCUUUGGCUCUCCGGAGUGGGCAGGCUGGGUCAUGGACGAAGAAAAGUCUCUUCCUCUCAUCUACCAUGCUUACCAACAUGGUAUCAAUACUUGGGACACGGCCGACUGCUACUCCAACGGCGUCUCGGAAAUCAUCGUCGGAAAAGCGUUGAAGAAAUACAACAUUCCCCGGCAACGAGUCGUGAUCAAGACCAAGCUAUACACAGGUGUCGAUGACGAGGGUGGCCAGACUCCGAUACACCUGGCACAGAACAACGAUGGUCCUUGGGUAAACCGCGUGGGUUUGUCACGCAAGAAGAUCAUGGACGCUGUUGAUGAGAGCGUAAAGCGGCUUGGUACAUAUAUCGAUGUCUUGUACAUCCAUCGCCUUGAUCGACAGACACCGAGAGAAGAGAUCAUGCGGGCUUUGAAUGAUGUUGUGGAGAGUGGGAAAGUGAGGUAUAUCGGCGCUAGCUCGAUGCGAGCAUGGGAAUUCCAGGCCCUGCAAAACGUCGCUAUCCGAAACAACUGGCAUAAAUUUAUCGUCAUGCAAAGCUACUACAGUCUCAUUGGCCGUGAGGAAGAGCGUGAGAUGAUUUCUUACUGCAAGGAUGCAGGUAUUGGCUUGGUGCCUUGGUCUCCCCUGGCAAGAGGUGUGCUUGCACGUCCCUGGACAACGCGCGACUCCAAUCGCGAAACUACCGAUCUCGCAAUGAAAGCACUCGUUCGCAUGCGCGAAAGCGAGGCCGACAAGGCUAUUGUAGACCGAGUGGAGAGGAUUGCAAACGCCAAGGGUGUUUCUAUGGCUCAGGUUGCGAUUGCAUGGCUUCUACAUCAUGGCACGUUUCCGGCUUUGGGGCUUAAUUCGCCAGAGCGUAUUGAUGAGGCUGUCGGUGCUUUGCAGGUGAAGUUGACGGAGGAAGAAAUCAAGGAACUCGAAGAACCGUAUCUUCCCAAAGGUCUCGCUUUGAUUGAGAUGUAA